CAAUCUGUUAAAACAUGAUGGAUUACUGUAAAGUUCUAGGCGUGCAGAGACAUGCCUCACCCGAAGAUAUCAAAAAGGCAUACCGGAAACUUGCACUAAAGUGGCAUCCAGAUAAAAAUCCUGAGAAUAAAGAAGAAGCAGAGAGAAAAUUCAAAAAAGUAGCUGAGGCAUAUGAGGUGUUAUCAGAUGCUAAAAAACGGGACAUCUAUGACAAAUAUGGCAAAGAAGGCUUAAAUGGUGGAGGUGGAGGUGGAAGUCAUUUUGACAGUCCAUUUGAGUUUGGCUUCACAUUCCGGAACCCAGAUGAUGUCUUCAGGGACUUUUUUGGUGGAAGGGACCCAUUUUCCUUCAACUUCUUUGAAGAUACUUUUGAAGACUUUUUGGGGAACCGAAGAGGUCCCCAAGGAAGCAGAAACCGAGUUGCAGGCUCGUUUUUCUCCGCUUUCCGUGGAUUUCCAACAUUUGGAGGUGGAUUUUCUUCAUUUGAUAAAGGAUUUACUUCAUUUGGGUCACUAGGUCAUGGUGGCCUUACUUCAUUCUCUUCUACAUCAUUUGGUGGCAGCGAAAUGGGUAACUUCAAAUCAAUAUCAACUUCUACCAAAAUAGUAAAUGGGAGAAAAAUCACUACAAAAAGAAUCAUUGAGAAUGGUCAAGAAAGAGUAGAUGUUGAAGAAGACGGCCAGUUAAAGUCCUUAAGGAUAAAUGGUAAGGAGCAGCUGCUAGGCUUGGAUAACAAGUAAUUCAAUGCACG